AGCCCCGCCCCCCGGCCGCCGGGCCCGUGGCUGGCUGGCGGAGGCUGUCACUCCCGGGCGGCUUCCCUGCGGCCGGCGCUCGGUUGGGGGCGGGAGGAGGAGGGGCCGGCUUGGGGUCCGACCAGCCGCAGCCGCCGCCGCCGCCGCCGCCGCCGCCGCCGCCGCCGCCGCCUGCGCGGGGCUAUGAGCAGCGGGCGACGCGCCCUCCGCCGCUCCGCGCAGCGCUAGUCGCCGCCCGGGUGCCCAGCGCCGCGGCCCGCGGCCCCCUCGGCUCCCCCAGCGCGGCCGGCGACGCGAGGCGGGGGCAGGAUGAGGAUGGCGGUGGACUUCGAGGAGUGCCUCAAGGACUCGCCCCGCUUCAGGGCUGCUUUGGAAGAAGUAGAAGGAGAUGUGGCUGAAUUGGAACUAAAGCUCGAUAAGCUUGUGAAACUUUGUAUUGCAAUGAUUGAUACCGGAAAGGCCUUCUGUGUUGCAAAUAAACAGUUUAUGAAUGGGAUUCGAGACCUGGCACAGUAUUCUAGUAAUGAUGCUGUAGUUGAGACAAGUUUGACCAAGUUUUCUGACAGUCUUCAAGAAAUGAUAAAUUUUCACACAAUCCUAUUUGAUCAAACUCAGAGAUCAAUUAAAGCACAGCUUCAGAACUUUGUUAAAGAAGAUCUUAGAAAAUUCAAAGAUGCCAAGAAGCAAUUUGAAAAAGUCAGUGAGGAAAAGGAAAAUGCAUUAGUAAAAAAUGCUCAAGUACAAAGAAACAAACAGCACGAAGUUGAAGAGGCCACGAACAUUCUGACAGCAACAAGAAAAUGUUUUCGACAUAUAGCCCUUGACUACGUACUUCAGAUUAAUGUCCUUCAAUCAAAAAGGAGAUCAGAAAUCCUAAAAUCAAUGUUAUCUUUUAUGUAUGCCCAUUUGGCCUUCUUCCAUCAAGGAUAUGAUCUAUUCAGUGAACUGGGGCCCUACAUGAAGGAUCUUGGUGCACAGUUGGAUCGACUGGUUGUGGAUGCAGCAAAGGAGAAAAGAGAGAUGGAGCAAAAACAUUCCACCAUUCAACAAAAGGAUUUCUCCAGUGAUGAUUCUAAGUUAGAAUAUAAUGUAGAUGCUGCAAAUGGCAUUGUUAUGGAAGGAUAUCUGUUCAAAAGAGCCAGCAAUGCCUUCAAAACUUGGAACAGACGCUGGUUUUCAAUACAGAACAAUCAGUUGGUUUACCAGAAAAAGUUUAAGGAUAACCCCACUGUGGUAGUGGAAGAUCUAAGGCUCUGCACAGUGAAACACUGUGAAGACAUAGAACGACGUUUCUGCUUUGAGGUAGUCUCUCCAACAAAAAGUUGUAUGCUUCAGGCAGAUUCUGAAAAGCUGCGCCAGGCAUGGAUUAAGGCUGUUCAGACCAGUAUUGCCACUGCUUAUAGAGAGAAGGGUGAUGAAUCAGAGAAGCUGGAUAAGAAAUCAUCUCCAUCCACAGGAAGCCUGGAUUCUGGAAAUGAGUCAAAAGAUAAAUUAUUGAAAGGAGAAAGUGCACUACAGCGAGUCCAGUGUAUUCCUGGCAAUGCCAGCUGUUGUGACUGUGGUCUGGCCGACCCACGGUGGGCCAGCAUCAACCUGGGCAUCACUCUGUGUAUCGAGUGCUCUGGGAUUCACAGGAGUCUUGGAGUUCAUUUUUCAAAAGUACGAUCUUUAACUUUAGACACCUGGGAGCCUGAACUUUUAAAGCUUAUGUGUGAGUUGGGAAAUGAUGUUAUAAAUCGAGUUUAUGAAGCUAAAGUGGAAAAAAUGGGAGUAAAGAAACCACAACCAGGACAAAGACAGGAGAAAGAGGCAUAUAUCAAAGCAAAAUAUGUGGAGAGGAAAUUUGUGGAUAAAUAUGCUAUAUCAUCAUCACCUGCUGAGCAGGAAAAAAGGAUGGUCUCCAAAAGUUGCGAAGAAAAGAGGCUGAGCAUUUCGAAACUUGGGCCGGGUGACCCAGUCAGGGCGCCUCCCCAAAGUUCAGUCAAAAGUAAUGAUAGUGGGAUCCAGCAGAGCUCUGAUGAUGGAAGAGAAUCUUUACCCUCCACGGUGUCUGCCAAUAGUUUAUAUGAGCCUGAGGCAGAAAGGCAAGAUUAUUCUGUGUUUCUCGACUCUAAACAUCUUAAUCCAGGACUCCAGCUUUAUAGGGCUUCAUAUGAAAAAAAUCUUCCUAAAAUGGCUGAGGCUUUGGCUCAUGGCGCGGAUGUGAACUGGGCUAAUUCAGAGGAAAAUAAAGCAACACCGCUUAUUCAGGCUGUAUUAGGGUAUCUCAAAAAUGCUAUUUUCUUAAACAGACAGGUAUGUUUAUUUCUAAAACGAGGUGCCAAUCAACAUGCCACUGAUGAAGAAGGGAAAGACCCUUUGACUAUCGCUGUGGAAGCAGCCAAUGCUGAUAUAGUGACUUUGUUACGUUUAGCAAGAAUGAAUGAAGAGAUGCGGGAAUCAGAAGGACUUUAUGGACAGCCAGGUGAUGAAACCUACCAGGAUAUUUUUCGUGAUUUUUCCCAAAUGGCAUCCAAUAAUCCAGAGAAACUGAAUCGUUUCCAGCAAGAUUCACAGAAAUUCUGAGUUUUUUUCAGAAGGGGAAAAUAUUAAUUUGAAUGAUCCCCUAAUGUGUACAUCUGAAAUCUCACAAAUUUUUACUGCUUUAAUACUACUUAAUUUUAGUAGAUAUUGAAUGGCUUGGAAAAAAGGUACCCAUUCACUGAUAUUUUUAUAAAUUAAAACCUAGAGUUCUAGUAGUUGGGAGACAAACUUACUUUAAGACCUCUGUUAUUAAAAAACAACAAAAAAAGCCUGUUUAAAGGGCUAUUUUUUAUAGAUAAAGUCAAAUCUAGACUUAGGCCAUCUCUAGGUUGUAAGAUGCUAAGGGUUUGGACAAAAUCUCUGGUUUUUGCCAGUGAGUGGUAGCAUUGAUUUUUUUUUUUUUUUUCUAUGCAUCACGCCCAGGAUCAUUCAGCCAAACAUACCUGCUUCAAAGUGGGAGCCAACAGUCCUGCCUGUCUGAAGAAUAUGUUUUUUUCUUUAGCUUCCCUGAUGAUUUUUGGUGGUUCAAUCUUUUGUUUUGUUUUCUGGUGUCCUAGAUAUCAUACACACAAUAUGUAAUUUAAUUACCAUAGCUAGAGAGUAAGUUUCCCUCAUUUGCUUAUAAAUGUAGUGAUACUCUUUAGAUGUCUGGUUAUUGUCAUGUACUUUAAUGCAUGUGUAAUGGCUGUACAAAUAGACAUAACUCAGUCUUUUAGAUUUAUUUCAUUUUAUGAAGCAAAAAGAAGCCCUUGAUUUUUUUUUUUUUUUUUAAAACCAAAAUCCUUACUUAUAGAAAUUGUAGUCCAUCAUUGUUGGGUUGGUUUCCUAAAACCUUGACAAAUUUAUUGAUGUAAUAAAACUAUGAGGUUUUAUUGGAGGUUCAGAGGUUACUUGAAUGUUGCAAAAUUAUGCUCUCAUCAGAUUGUAACUUUCAAAGGAAAAGUUUAUUUAUAAAAUAAUGUAGAGCAUUUUUAUAUUUGAAGUUUCUCCUUUUCAAGAUAGAGUUUUGCUAUUGAACUGAGUAAAAGAAAAAAAGCCCACUUUUUCUUAGUUUAUAUUAAAAUACAUAAUGAUGAGGUGCUUUUUAACUUUUUCAACAUUUAUCCUGUGUACAUCUGUACACAGUGUACAUUACUUUAAAUUGGGUGGUUACAUGAAACACUGAUCUUGGAAUUCCAAAACAUGGAUCUACUCAUUUACAUAUAAAUGCUAUAAAUUUGUCUGAUUCCAUUUUUUAUAUAUCUUGUCAGGAGUACAAAAUAAGUAAUUUGCCUUAUUGUUUCUAAUACUGUCAACAAUUAAGUUUAAUCUUCUUUUACAAGUUACAUGUUAAGUGGUAUUACUGAUACUCAGUUUCUAAAUAAAUUUUAAAAAUUUGGGUGACCAAAUAAGUAGAAAAAUUAUAUUUAAUUGGGUAGAUAAACAAAUUUUCUAACAUCCAUCCCUCUAGUAGCUAGAGUUUUAUAAGUUGAUAGAAUGUCAAACCAGGAUUUGUCUAAACAGGAAUUAGACUGAAGUAAAUUCAUCACAGAGAAGUUUCCAUAUUUGGCCAAAUUGUGUGCAUAUAAUGCUUAUUUUGUAAUAAUCAUUGUAUAUUAGAUAAGCAUCAGAUAUAUUUAUGAAUUAUUUCUAAGAAAAUGUUAAUUUCCAAAACUUGUAUUUUAAUUGCAACAGUAAGGGGAACCUUAAAUCUUCCUUGUUUUACCUUAGAGUCACAGAUCAUCUGGCUUUGCAGAAGUUUAGUCUGUAACAUUUUUUAUCAGAGUGUACUCUAAAGUUGUCCAAAAAAUUCAAGGAUAAGGAAAUAUGUUAAACAUGAACAGAAAGAGUGCCUAUUCCUUUGUAGUGCCUAUUGCUGUUAAUCCUAGGGCUUCACUUCUAAAGCUCCUAACCUUUGAGGAAACCUGAACAGUUUUGCUUUGGGAUCCAGUGGUUGGUGCUUCAGAUCGCCUCCGGGGUCUCUGACUGUGAAGGCGAUUGUUUAUGACACACUUACCUCCUCUGGCUUGAGUCAUGAGUUUUAUUAAUAUGCUAGUAAUUAGUGUCUACUUAAAUUUAGUGGUUAGAGAUAUAUUUGAAGAUGAUCAUGAUUCUAAAUAUCCUCAGAGAAACUAAAUCGUUAACAGUACAGGGAGCCUGGCAGUACAAAAAUACAUUCCUGUGGCUUGAUUUCUUGAAUAUGCCAAGACCCAGUUUGGAUGAAAUUUGGCAGAAAUGAUGCAGAACAUACAGCAAGGCUUUAAAGUAAAUUAAUAGUUAUAAGUAGUUACAAAGUAGAUUGGCUCUUACCAAGGUGAAUCUGUGUCAACUAAUAGCUUUUAUACAGUAUGUAACAGACCUGGGUUUUAUUAUGCUGUGAAUUAUUUGCAAUGCAUUAUGAGACAUUAUAGUAUAAACAAUGUUAAUCCUGCUUUUGGGCUUCAUAAGUCAAUGUGAUUGCCCUUUGUUUUCUUUCCCUAACUGAUCUGUUUCUAUUGGUUUCUGAUUCCUUAUCAUUGUUCUAUUAGCCUGUUGUCACUAGCACAUUAAUUUAAAAGCUAGAUUAACAUCAAAAUAAGAAUAGCAGUGCUAUGAAGAGCCCAUAAAAUGCAGUCCCAUGCUAGAACUAGGCUAAAGGUAAUUGAGUAGUUAUUUGCAGUGUUUCCUUGUAACACUUUUAUGUUUAAGAUUUCUAAGGUUUUUAAAAAUUAUCUUUGGCAUAAUCCUUAGAAAUUCAGAAAUUUCCAGGGAUUCAGUACAUUAUAGUGUUUGCCUAAUUUUUACUGGUCUUCACUGUAGAUUUUAAUGAACUUUGAUGUUUACUUUCCAAAACAUACAAUUUAAUUGGGAAUAUGUACCUUGGUUCUUCAUGAGUGCAUUUUGAAAAAAAAAAUAUAUAUAUACCUUUACAGUCUGGACUACUUAAGUUUGUGAUGUGUUAAGCAAUAUUUUAAAAAUAUAAUUUUAUACUUGUAAAGUGUGGUGACAACAAACCAAAUUGUAUUUAAGAUUAAAUUGACUACCCGUUUUAAAUAGUAAGACAUUCCCGUAGCACUCUUAUAUUGUCAUACUAAUUUUUCUGUUUGAUAGCACUUUUGAUCAUGGAUGGGAGCAGGAAAAAAAUGAUGUAUUUUUAUAGAAUUAUGAUGUCCAGAAUGACUUCCACCUUCAUGAUAUAGUGGAAAGAGCACUGACUAGUAGUUAUUACGCUUUUUGAAUUCAGAGCUCCUCACAAAAAAAAUGAGUGGAUGAAGCGUGGUGAAACUAUAACAACAUUCUUUUGUGUACUGUUCUGCGCACAGUGUACGUUGACAUUAUCUCCCCUGAUUCUGACAGUAGGACUUGAGAUGUUAAUCUAAGAAUGCCAACAUUUCUCUUGUUUGAUCCUGGGCUGCUCCUCUUGUUUUACAGAGGGGAGUCACUGAUUUGCUGGUUGUGGGAUAGCCAACAGCAGAACCCCUGUCUGACUGACUACUAUAGUCAGAGGCACUUUACUUGUAUCAUGAAAUGUUUUGAAAUUAUUAUAAAGUAGCAAAAUCUGAUAAUGACCGCCAGCUUUCCUUGUGUUUUUAUAACAAAGACUCCAAAUGUUCUGGAGAACCUGGAUAUAAAAUUACCUUGAAGGAAUAGAUUAGGAUUUGAAGACGUUAAAUUGUAGGAAAUAUUACAUUUUUGUACUAACAUCAAUGGAAGCAAAACAUGGUAAUUUUAACUGACCAUAUAUUCAUCAAAUUCUUGAUGCUUCCGAAUGAAAGGUAACUAAAAGGGGCUUGGAUUCAGUUUAGCUGAAUCCUGACGUCUGUAAACAUGGUUUUGUGGCCCUCCUUUCCCAAUUACAUACAUUCAUCCCCUUAAAAUGAAAUAAUAAGGGGAGUGAAAUAAGGCUUGAUUUAAAUAAACUUUUCUCUGCAUUGGUCUUUUCUCUAUCUUAGGUUUUAGAUUUUCUUAUUUUUCCUCAACAAUCCCUUGCCUUGAGAGUUAAACAGGGAAAGCUUGCUACAUUAUAAAGAUUGCUGGCACCAUUUAUUUUACACAAAGGCUAAAGGUUAACUUUUGAAAAUGAUGAGCUACUUUUCUAUAUGUGUUUACUUGUGCUUUGUGGUAUUUCUGGAUCAUUCCAGUCAUAAAGACUUAUUACAUGUAAUAUUUCUUGCUACCUGUGAAAAGACAUAUUUUAAAGAAUGUAUAACCAACACUCCAUUUACUUUUUAUUAGUAUGUAGAGGAUUUGUAUCUAAUUCAUGAAUGUAGUUUUACUGUAGUUUGUCAUUGUAAAUGGAGCAAAAAGUUCAUUAUCUUUAUAGUCAUUCUAAAAUGUACAUUAUGUAAGAAUUGUAAAUAUUAUACUUGAUUAAAAUACUUUGUAUGCUGAAAAAUUAUAAUAAGUCAAUAAAAAUCUCACCUCUGGCAUAGUUUUUUUAUG